AUGACAAAUGUAAAAGUAGCAAUUACCGUAACAGCAACACAAACUCAACCCCCCAAAAUUAUUUCAACGAUAGCAAAAUCAUCAGUUGGAAUGGCAGCUGUUCACAUGGCACGACCGACUAGUCCUUAUACCUCAAGCAGUUCCGAUACUGAUUCCAUAAUUGCUGCCUCAUCCAAUGCACUACCAGCUACAGCUUUAAGAAGAUUAUACUUCAAAGCAGCCAAAAGUGGAAAAGCUCCAACACAAAGUGCUACCACUAAAACCUCAACCGUUCCAAAAGUUAUUGUGAUGAAUUCCUCAUGUAAUUCGACAAUUAAUACAUCAACUGAAUCGGCAUGUACACAUUUUACGAAUAUCACGACGACAACUGAUACGGAAACAUGUGAUUCAUUGGAUUUGGGUGACGGCGACAUAACAGAACAACAAGAGCCGCUACUAAGUGAAAGUCAAGACGAUUCCAUAACUCUUUCAGUAAAUCCAAUUGAUGAUAAAUGUGUAGGUAGCAGCAGAAUAAUUAAUGUUAAUGACGAUUAUUUAGACGAAUCAGCAACACCGCUACUGUGCGAAAACGAGAUUGAUGGAAUUGAGCAACAAAAUGCCAACGCUAGAAAAUAUUAUCAUAUUUCAUCGGCACCACCGCUCGCGGGAACUGCGGAAUCAUCUUUUUCAUUUGAUCGCCCAGCAUCACCAAAGUCAGCACGCAGUGCUGAUAAGUCACCAACAUUAUUUUCAUUCGAUAUUGUCGCACCAUCAAGGGAAACUUCUGCUAGUUAUAAAUCGUAUAAAACUAGAACAAAUAUGGAUAUGAAUAAUAAAGAGAAUUUUAGAACUGACAACUAUAAGGCAUCUGUGCAUACGAGUAGUAGUAAUGGGAAGCAUACAAAUAAAGCAGGAGAUAAUAGUAGUAGCAGAAAAGAACGAAGAUCAUUUAAAUGUGAACGUUUGAGUAACAUUUUUAGUCGUGAUUCAUCAAACAAAGAGAAGGAGAAAGGUACAUGUGAUAGCGCUAGGAAAAUAAAUUCAGCACCGGUUUAUCGAAAAAACAUAUCGUCGAGUAAAUUUGAUGAUGAGAAUUCAUCUGGCGGAACAGUAAAAGGUGAAGAAAUGUCUGAAAUGACAACAUUUCCUUUUGAUCGCGAAGCAAUUGAUUAUGAGCGCAUCCAGCGUGAAUGCUUUACAUUCGAUGAAGAAUAUCGCGAUGAUGAAGAUUACAAUACCAGAGAUGUCUUCACAUAUGAUUUUGAUGAUACUGAGGAUAGUCCGUCUUAUGAAAUGCUUGAUCAAAAAAUUGCACCAAUUGAAGGAAUCUUCCAACAAUAUGCCCUGAUCUCACAACAUGAGAAGGAGCGACAAAAUAAGAAACGUGCUCAAUCGCCGACAGACACAGCCGGAGUAAAGUCGUUCUCGAAAAUCGAGCACAUUAAUAGAAAACUAAAUGAGACGUCUGUACUCAUUCACGAGCAACCGGCAAAUUCAAAUCUCGCAUCUCCCAUACCCGAUUUAAAAAUCGAUUUUUUCGCAGAAUCAUCAGUAAAGGCAUCAUCUUACUCGCGAGAAAAUGAGAAUGUGAAAAAGAGUGAUGCUCUGGACGAAUGCCAACUAAACGCGACGUCAUCAUUUUGUAGUAAGAAUACGAUGAGCAAUAAUAAUGUUAAUAGCAAUAUAAACGGCAGUAUAAAUUUAACUUCCAAUCCGAUGAGUACGGCAGUUUGUACAACACCUCGUGCGACUAUAGUUGUUCAGCAAGCUUCAUUAAGCUUGGAUUACUCAGUGGAAACAGUAUUAUUGAAAAAUGAAUGUGACUUUAUAAGUGUGGAGCAAGGAAAAGAGAUAAGAAAGAAAAAGCAACGUGAUGAAAAUCUUCGGCAAUUACUUGAUGUGACAAAUAAUCCAACAUUGACUUCUGAGGAAAUUCGUGAAUUUGAAAUGAGGUAUGGCUCACCACAUCACACUCGAUCACAGUCAGUUAAAACUCCCGGAAGUCGCGCCUCAGGACGCCCAAAUCAACUAUGUUUACCACAACAGCGUUCAAGAGUGGCUUCGAUGCCAAACACAGGAAUAGAAGAAGAAUAUUAUAGGUUGCGGCAUUUCUCAAUCACAGGCAAAGGUAUUGUGAAUCGAGGUGAUUCGUUGAAAUCACGUCGUAGUAGAUCAAAUAAUAGCGUUGCCAGCUCAAACUCAAGCACGGAACAUUUAACAACAGCAGCCAAUCAUGGCGAUUCAGCUAGAACAAGUUUAGCUUCAAGUAGAGAAAGUAGUACGUCAGCUCAAGGAUCGCAAAUUCCUUUUAGGGUUUUAAUGUUGGGCAGUGAAAAAGUGGGAAAAACCUCAAUAGUAUCACAAUUCAUGACUAGUGAAUAUUUACACGCAUAUGACACAUCAAUAGAAAAGGAUGAUGAUGAUGAUGAUAGCAACAAGAAUAAUGUACAAAUUGUUAUUGACCGCGUGGACGACGAUUCUGGUGAGAAAUCUGUCAACGUCCUUUUAGGUGGUGAUGAAUCAGAAAUGGUCUUUAUUGAUCAUGCAUUUGCAGACAUGACGCCUGAAAAUUGCUUAUCAUCAUACGAUCCAAAUGGUUAUCUCGUGAUUUAUUCAUCUGCAGACAGAAGUUCAUUUAAUGUUGCUGAACGUGUCCUACAGACUUUAUGGACGUCAGAAAAUAUUGCACAAAAGGCUGUGAUACUUGUUGGAAACAAAGCCGAUUUAGCAAGAAGUCGUGUCAUCACUUCUGAAGAGGGUAAAGCUAUGGCAACAGCAUAUGACUGCAAAUUCAUUGAAACGUCAGUAGGAAUAAAUCAUAAUGUGGACGAGUUGCUUGUUGGCUUGCUGACGCAGAUACGUCUAAAAUUGGAAAAUCCAGAAAAGUCUAGAGAUUUGUUCCGUAAACGCUCAUCUAGAAAAUCAAAACGUCGUGCAUGUUCACCUUUGAAUGUAACCACAACGUGCUUGACAGGAAAUACAAAUACAAAUCCAAGUACACCAGUGGGAACUGCCAAUGAUGCCGCAAAUACACCACCAAGUAGCAUUCAAAAUAGCCCUAGAAAAUAUCGUGGAUCAAGAACAUCAGCGAGCUUAAAAGUAAAAGGACUCCUGGGGCGUGUUUGGGCACGAGAUUCAAAAUCAAAAAGCUGCGAAAAUUUGCACGUGCUGUAAAAGUGUCCGUCUCACAGCAGGAAGCGCAUUUAUUAAAGAGAGACUUUUUUUAUUUAAAAGCGAGAUUUUCUUUUAAAGAAAUUUUGGUUGACAUUAUUGAUUUUUUUAUCUAGAAAAAAGUUGUCGAGUAAGCCAAUGGAUCUUAAUUUUAGCUCAGAUUGUUAUUUGAGAUUUGUGAUAGCCGAGAUUAUCAUAUGAAAAGAGCUGAUUUGAUUAGAUAAUAAUUAAUUCAGCAGCUCUGUCUGGAAAUAUGUAUCUUCGAGCAAUCUUGAAAAUUUAAAGAAUUUAACUUCAAAAACAUAUCUAUGAAUUUCAUUAAUAAAUCCCGUAAAUCACAUUGGCUUAUUCUGCUUUAGAAUGUAUGAUUUUGAUACAAUUUUUGUUUUAUUUUAAGAAAUGCAGAUUAUGCAUUAAAUUAAUUUUUUCUGUAAUUAAAAUAAAGGAAUUAAGAAUUUUUUAUACAUGUACAAAUAUAUUUUUUAUUAUUAUUAUUAAGACUCGUUCUUUUGGUUCUUCCAUUAAGUAUUCUUUAUGUUUGUUAUCGUGAAUAAUUAAAAUAAGAGGGAAAGGAUGAUGACGAUGUAAAUGAAUUAUAAAUAAGAUAUUCUUGAAAAAAAGGAGCGUAAAGGUAGUGAAAUGAAAAUAAGAAUUAAUUAAGUAUAUGGAUAUGGGAAAAUAUGGGAAUUAGAACAGAAAAGAUAAGCAAUAAGAGCGUAGUCUGAUAAAGUUUUUAACUUGUGGCUAUCAAGAAGAGUUGGAAUGGAAAGAAAUUGACAGAUUUUUCGGAUGAUCCUUAAUCAGUUCUUUUUAUUUAUAAAUCCUUUAAACUUUGGAUUAACUUCUUUGAAAUUUACGCUUUAUAAGAUUUUAUGUCUAGCUCAAAAGUAAUUCUUAAAAGUGGCUAUCAUUUUCUGAUUGAAAGAAGAUAAUUGAGAAAAUUUUUGCCUUAUUAAAACUUUUCUGAUGAGGGUUUAAACUGUCUUAUUUGUCAAUCUGAAACCCUUACCUCAGUAAUUAAAAUUACAUCUUUACUUUUUAAUAAGGCUCUUAAACAACUUGAAAUUUUGACUUUGAAGAAAAGUAUCUAAACUUUUAUCAACAAGCAGACUGAUUUUUUUUUCUGCUCAAUAUUGGAAAAAGGAUGGUUUUGCCUGUUAUAUUUCCAUUUGUUCAGUAACGAAAGCAGAGUUUGGACGAAAAUAUUUUAAAAUUUGAAAAUUUUCCUUCGCUGAAGAUAUUUUCCUUCGCUGAAGACAUUUUCCGUCAAUUAAAUCGGCAUCUGU